AUGGUUUUCCAGUUGAUAUCUCUCCUCGCACAAACUCUAACCCUAAUCUUUGUCUCACUUCCAUCUCUCAUCAACACUUCCCAAUUGGAUUAUGACACUCUAGUUUUCAAACAAUGCGACUCAUCAGACACAACCAUCCUCCAAAAAACAACAACGAAAUAUCCAAAUUACUCAAAUCAGAAUCUUGUUUUUCGAGCACACGCAGUUUCUUCUUUCUUACGCAAACUCGAUUUAGAAUCCUCUCAAGCGAAGUUCUUUAAGACGCUAGUUGUUAAUGAAGAACACGCCGUGUCGGGAUGGUUUCAAUGCAGAGAAGAUUAUCCGAGGGAGAUAUGCCAAAGAUGUGUUAGUACUCUUCGUGAUAUUUCCACCAGAUUGUGUAGAAAUGCCACGUCAGCUCGUGUUCAUCUUCGAGGAUGUCACUUGGUAUACGAAAUCGAACUCGUUGAUACCCCUACUGCUCAAGCUAAAAAUCAUCAUAACUACAAUUUAUUGGAAACACCGGAACGAAGUCCUAUCCACAAAACAUGCGACGGAGCCACAGCAGAGACGUUCGCCGGAUUCGAAGAGAUGAGAACGGAAGCACUCACUGCAGCCGAAACAGGAGUCGUUGACGGGCACGGGUUCUACGAGGAAAGCUACAAACUCCUGCACGUUGUGGCUCAAUGCGACGGCCACGUUGAAGCCUGCGAUUGCGGCGAAUGCGUCGGUGCGGCCGCGGCUGCAGUGGCAGAAGAGUGUCGGUGGUCUAUCGCCGGUCAGAUUUACUUAGAAGGGUGCUACGUUGGGUAUAAAUAUUUCCCGCAUGAAUUUCCCGGCGAUUCAUACCACGCAGAAGGGACAAAGGCAAACGUGGGUAAGUCGUUGGCGAUAGUUGUAGGAGGAGUAGCGGCUUUGGUCUUUGUUGCUAUCUUUUUCAUGUUCCUCAAGAGCUUACGUAAAAAGGGAGAUGAUUGUUGAAGAGAAGGUCUAAACCGAAGAGAUGUUGGGAAAAUAAAUAUUUUCCUUGUAUUCGUUAAACUAACCAAAGAAUUUUUGGUUCUUGUUUGACAAUUUUUUUCUUGGGGGGG